AAGGCUGACCAAGAGAAAAAAAGAGAGAUGGCUCAGAGAAAAAUCAAUGGAAACCAACUCUUCAUGACAGUGUUGUAUGCGGUGGCGGCAUGCGGUGCCGUUCCCAUCAGCGACCUGCUCGACCGGGCAUCUCAGCGCUCUGACACGCUGCACUCCCUCAGCACAAUGCUGACUCAAGACCUGGACUCUCAUUUCCCUCCUAUAGGCCGGAUGAUUAUGCCCCGCCCCUCAAUGUGCCACACCUCCUCUCUGCAGACACCCAAUGACAAGGAGCAAGCCCUGCAAGUAUCAGAGUCAGACCUGAUGUCAUUGGCUCGCUCACUCCUCCAAGCCUGGUCUGACCCCCUGGAAGUCCUGUCCACUUCUGUUAAGACCCUGCCUCACCCAGCCCAAAACAGCAUAUCCAACAAGAUCAAGGAGCUGCAGGAGCACUCCAAGAGCCUGGGAGACGGCCUGAACAUCUUAUCUGGCAAGAUGGGUCCGGCGGCUCAGACCAUCUCCUCACUGCCCUACAGUGGUGGCAAUGACAUCGGCCAGGAUAGGAUUUCCAAACUGACCAACUUCCAUUUCCUGUUGUCCUGCUUCCGCCGGGACUCCCACAAGAUUGACAGCUUCCUCAAAGUCCUCCGCUGCCGUGCGGCAAAACUGCAGCCUGAGAUGUGUUAAAGAGUGAGAGCAAAGCAGCCAGCUUCACUUUGAGGGAGACUGUUCUAAAAGCUUGUAUUGUGUACCAACUAUAGUUUAGCAUGUAUUCGAAAUCUGCCGUCUAAGCUUAUGUCCUAAUCGCUAUGUAGUUGGCAUUUUGAGCUAUCAGAGGGUGAAGAUAAGGAGCGGUUACACAGCUCACACACAAAUGAUUGAAGUGACACCUUUUAUUCAUCAUGGUGCCCAAAAUUGCCCAAUUGUUAAUGUGUUCAUUCAAAAAUAGAAGAUAAGACAUUUUAGGUUGGGAAGGUUUAUCCCAUUGUCCAGUCUUGCUAUGGUUCACUGGACAAAGCAUGGGCCAUACACUUUCCCGGGUGUUUCCAGCUAGUCUGGCAUUAUUAACUGUGACUCCUCCUCGUCUUUUCCUUCCACUACAGCUUUUACACCCUCAAAGUCGAGCUGCCAAACAAGCUUUUCAGAGGUAGGCUGGGUGUGAUCCACCAUCCACCAGCCUGUCUUCGAGUUACUCUUCACACUGGGAUACAGGGCUUUGACGAAGAAUAACUUUCUCUUCCUAACUGCAGCAUUUGCACUUUAGAUUUAAUUACACUUUCUUGAAACGCCUAUCAGCUGAAAUAUUUCUUUAAAAUCUGUAUAUCAUUAAAAUUCAU